AUGGCGUCUUUUGGCGUAUGCGAGAUUAAAAAGGAGUUUGUAGUUCGCCGAGUAGUAGAGGAGAACGAAGCAAACAACGAAGAAACUGCCGACGAUGAAGGAGGCGCAAAUGGUGCCCACAAGAAACGGGCGGGCGGUCAGAACAAGAAACGACCGAGGGUGUCGCGCGUACCAUACGGCGAGAAACUGUGUCCUUCGUUGUUGCACUCGGUCAAGUGUCCACUGAAGACGUGCAAGUAUCUGCAUGACGUUAAGCAUAAGCCGGCUGAUUUAGACGGACGGUGUCCGAGUUUUGAGGCGUUCGGCCGUUGUCGCUUCGGCUUAGCGUGCCGCUUCGCCACGCAGCACACCGACGACCUCUUGCACAACGUCGUUGCUUCUCUGCCGAGCACGAAUCACCUGUCUAAGAGUGUACAGCAGCAGUUGAGGAAACGGACGUACCGUUUCGGCGGGGCCGGUGAGCAUGGCGACUCGAACGGCCUUGGCAGCGACUACUCGGGCACUGUUUGCCUGUGCGCUCAACAACGCACAUUCGACAAACAUAGUCUUUAUGACAACUGGGAUCACAAACUGCUCCUGGCACCCCUGACGACGCUGGGUAACUUGCCGUUCCGAAGGUUAUGCGUCGAUUAUGGCGCCGAGAUCACCUGCUCGGAGAUGGUGCUGGCUGAAGAACUGCUUAAAGGUCAUCAGUCCGAAUGGGCGUUGAUACGGCGACAUGAAAGCGAGAAAUACUUCGGAGUGCAGUUGUGCGGCGCAAAUGCCGACGUGAUGGCGAAAACAGCGCAGUUGCUGAUGGAUCAAGCGCAAGUGGACUUCGUGGAUCUGAACAUCGGCUGUCCGAUCGACCUGGUAUGUCAGCGUGGUAUGGGCUGUGCACUAAUGGGUCGAACGUCCAGGCUGCGCCAGAUCGUCGAGCGUGUGGCGACCGUACUGAACAAGGACGAUCAUUAUGUGCCUUUGACGGCGAAGCUACGAACUGGUACGCAUUGUGGCAUUCAGAAGAGCGUCAACACGGCGCAUCUGCUAAUUCCGCAACUUAGGGACUGGGGGGUCAACGUAAUCAGCGUGCAUGGACGGUCGCGCGAUCAGAGGUUCACGAAGCUCGCCGACUGGCAGUACAUCGGCCAGUGUGCGCGCAUAGCCGAGCCUUGUCCGUUUUACGGCUUCGGUGACACGCUGUCGUUUUCGGACUACCUCGAAAAGAUGGAGUACAUCGGCGUCGGUGGAGUGGGCAUCGCUCGCGGCGCCCUCAUCAAACCAUGGAUAUUCACGGAAAUACAGGAGAAACGGCAUUGGGACAUCUCAGCGUCGGAACGGCUGGACAUGCUGAAGAAGUACGUUUGGUACGGCCUUCAGCACUGGGGUUCAGAUCAGCAGGGCGUUGAUCUGACUCGGCGUUUUCUGCUCGAGAUGCUGUCUUUUAUGUACCGUUAUGUACCUGUCGGUCUGUUGCAACACGUGCCCCAGAGAAUCAACGAGCGCCCGCCACUGUAUUUCGGACGGAAUGACCUGGAGACAUUGAUGGCGAGCUCACGUUCCUCGGACUGGGUCAAAAUCACCGAAAUGCUUCUUGGACCCGUUGCGGACGAUUUUCUCUUCCUGCCAAAACAUAAGGCGAAUAGCUAUUGA